GUAAGCCAAAUAAGAUCCCGCUCAGAGUAAAUCACAUAUAUCAAUGAGCACAGUAACUUCUCAAGAAAAAACCAAAAUCCUACACGCCUCCCAGAUCGGAGACGUCAACGCAAUUGAGACGUUCAAGAAAAAGCACCCCGAGGUGCAUUGGUGCGAAAUACGACACGAGAAACUCGGCGACACCAUCCUCCAUAUCGCUGCACGUUUAGGUCACGUCCCGUUCAUCGAGUAUCUCCUAACGCAUUACUCUCCCGCUAUCAACUUUCAAAAUAAAGACUGCAAAACGCCGCUGCACGAGGCGGCCCAAUUUUCUCAAUCGGAAGCAAUACGAACCUUACUGGCGUGUAAGGCCGACGUGAACGCGUUAAAACGCGCGGACUGGACGCCGUUAAUGCUGUCGUGCACGAAAGACGACCACGAGUGCGUCAGACUACUGUUGGAGGCAGGCGCAUUGGUCAACGUUAAAAACAAGGACGGCUGGACGGCUUUGCAUUUAACAAGCCGCGAGGGCUCCACGCCAAUUUUUGAACUCUUAAGCUCGUACGGCUCAGAUCCGUUUGCGGUCACCAAUAACGGAAGGAGCGCUCUUCAUGUUGCCUCAUUACACGGCCACUUAGAGAUCGUCAAGAGACUCAUUCGUGCAGGUGUCAGUGUAGAUGCUCGUGACAACUGCAGAAAUACACCACUGCACGAAGCCGUUCUCGGCGGGCACGUAAAAGUGUGCGAUUAUUUGCUUAAUUGUCCCGCUGAUUUAGGUGCGGUUAACAGUAUGGGCUUUUGUGUGUUGCAUUUGGCCGCAAGCGUUGGGGAUAUAACGAUGAUUAGGUAUUUAGUUCGGUUAUCGACAAAUCUAAAUGCCUCCAGCUGUAACAAGUUGACACCGCUUCAUUGUGCGGCCCGUAAGCAACACACUGAUGCUGUAAGGUUAUUGAUUCAAUUGGGGGCUGAUGAUACAACCUUGGAUAACUUUGGACGUUCGCCUAUGGAUUAUUUACAUAGUGUGAAAUUAGCGUAGAACCUGGGGGUUAAGUACACUACAAAUCCAUUACUUUAGCUGACCGCUUGUAGAGGAUGUAAUUAUGGCCAUAAAUAAAUCACUGGAGAUUUUCUUUUUUCAUCUGGAAACUGGCAACACUGUAUUAAGUAAACAAUGGCCAUUGGUGGAAAGAUGUUAAGUUAUUCAAGCUCCCACAAAUUUUUUUAUGGUGGUUGUAAGUAUACCGAAAACUGAUGAGCAAUAACUCAUUAUAUUAGUCAAGAAUCAUCAUGGAUGAUGACAACUUUGCAUUCGUUAAAACUGAACCCAAAGAAGAAGAUGACAUAAAUUGGUCCCUCGAAAGAAACACUCUCGUAAGCAAUAAUCCUUCGGGAACUAUAAAAGAAGAACGUAACGAGACUGUGACAGAAGACUGUAGCCAAGAAGAAACUCGUCAACGAGGUCAUUCUCAAACUGUAAGAUUUAAAUGUGAGGUCUGUGAUUACACAACAGAUAAUGAACCUCAUUUUAAAACACACAUUUCGGUGCACAAGGUUACUACCAAUUUUAAAUGUACAAACACAAGCACUAAACGGCAUUUAAAAGCGCUUCUCUUAAAGCACAUAGUAUUUAAAAAUUUGAAGUGUGCAAAUUGUAAUUAUGCAACAAAUUCUAAGCGAAAUUUGAAGCAUCAUGUUCUAACACAUAAAGCUUCAACACGUUUUAAAUGUGACGUUUGUGAUUAUGCCACAAAUAUCAGUAGUAAUUUUAAAUCGCAUGUCUUAACACACGAUGAUUCAAAAGAUUUGAAGUGUGAUAUUUGUAAUUACGCAACAAAUAGGAAGCAAAGUUUGAAACAGCAUCUCUUAAUACACAAAUAUUCAAAAGAUUUUAAAUGUAAUUCUUGUAAUUACGCCACAAAUAUUAGGAGGGAUUUUAAGCAACAUUCUCUAAGACACAGUGAGUCGAGGGUUUUUAAAUGUGACGUUUGCAAUUAUGGGACUAAUUUUAAAGCCCAUUUGAAGUUACAUCUCCUAACACACAAUGCUUUGAAAGAUUUUAAAUGUGAAGUCUGCGAUUACACAGCAGAUAACGAACCAAAUUUUAAAAUACACCUUUUGAAGCACACAAGUUUUAAAUGUGCAACAUGUGAUUACGCAACAAAUAUUAAACAGAAUUUAAAAAUGCAUCUCCAAACUCACAAAGUAUUUAAACAAUUUAAGUGUGCAAAUUGUAAUUAUGCGACAAAUUCUAAGAGAAAUUUGAACCAUCACCUUCUAAAACACAAUACUUCAAAAUGUUUUAAAUGUGACGUUUGUGAUUAUGCCACAAAUAUUAGAACUCAUUUUCGGUCACAUCUCUUAAUACACGAUGAUUCAAAAAAUUUGAAGUGCGAAAUUUGUAAUUACGCAACAAAUAGGAAGCUAAGUUUGAAACAACAUUCCCUAGUACACAAAGUUACGAAAGAUUUUAUUUGUAAUGUCUGUAAUUAUGCAACAAAUAUUAAGAGGGAUUUUAAGCGACAUUUUCUUAAUCACAGUGUUUCGACAAUGUUUAAAUGUGACCUUUGCGAUUAUGGGACAAAUGUUAAAACCUAUUUGAAAUCACAUAUUUUAUCACACAAUGAUUUGAGCGACUUUAAAUGUGAUAUGUGUGAUUAUACGACAAAUACCAAGAACAACUUGAGAAAUCAUUUGCUAAAACACAAUGUUUCAAAACUGUUUAAAUGUGACGUUUGUAAUUAUUCAACAAAUAUUCGGAAAGAUUUCAGGCAACAUUCUAUAAAACACAGUGUUUCGUCAGUUUUUAAAUGUGACGUUUGUGAUUAUGAGACAAAAGUUGUAGCCCAUUUUAAGUCGCAUCUCGUAACACACAAUGAUUCGACAGAUUUGAAAUGUGACAUUUGUGAUUAUACAACAAAUACUAAGAACAAGUUGAAAAGUCAUUUGGUAAAACACAAUCUUUUAAAACAUUUUAAAUGUGACAUUUGUAAUUACGCAACAAAUAGAAAGGAUUGUUUGAAACAGCAUUUCUUAACGCACAAUGAUUCGAAAGUUUUCAAGUGCGAUAUUUGUGAUUAUUCAACAAAUUGGAAGAUAAGUCUGAGGAAGCAUUUGCUCAAACACAAUGUUUCAAAUGCUUUUAAAUGUGACGUUUGUAAUUACACGACAAAUGUUCAACGAUAUUUUAAGUCGCACCUCUUAUCACACAUUAAAUCGAAAAAUUUUAAAUGCGAUACUUGCAAUUUUGCAACAAAUACCAUGCGCAAUUUAAAGCAUCAUUUGUUAAAACACAAAAAAUUUUAAUUGUGACAUUUGUGGUGAGAACAAUGUGAUAGGACACCUGAAGAGACAGCGUUUCGAAAGAUCGGAAGUGUGGUCCAAAAAAUAAUUCUCCUAAUCAAGUCUGUGUGACUAUUAUUGUGAAAAUGAUGGAGUUGUCUAAUUACAUAGGUAUAGAAUCGACUUGAUUUUUUUUAUAAAUACAAAACAACGUAAUUAGUUUAGUGAUUAAAUUAAUGACUGAAUAUUUUACAUUUAGAUCAUGAAUAGUUAAAUAAUUGUGUAAGUGUUAAUAUUGUGCAGAAUUAAAUAAUAAAUCUAUUU